UCGGGCACGCGCAGCGCGCUCCCGGACAGGUGAGCUGUCCACUUCCUGUUGUCUUCAGGUGUUUUUCUCUCGCUCGCGUUCUGAUCAAAGUUCGUCCAUUAAAAAGUGCGAAUCGUUUCACCGACGAACCGGAAGGUUUCGCGUUCAGAAGGACUUUAAAAAACUUUCCUUUUUUCUUUAUAUUUUUAUAUGUGAGAAGAAGAAGAAGAAAUGAGGGGGAACAUGAUUCAGGUCUGUGCUGAUUGGCUCUGAGAUCGACCAAUCCCAUCCGGGACCCAAUCGCAGUGGAGGACGUUUGACCCCAGAAGACCUUUGACUCCAGUGUCGAGCCGGCUGCUCUGAUUGGGGGAGGGCGUCGGUCCAUGGCGGCGUCGGAGCUGAUCCGUGACGAGGACGAGGACGUCCGGAUCCACAUGGAGGCCGACGCCGUGGUGGCCGCCAGCCCCGCCGCACCGCCACAGCCCGGCCGCAUCUCCAACGGCAACCCCGUCCGCCCGGCGCCGGGCGGGGGCGGGGACGAGCCAGACGGCAGCAGGCGCGCCCGCCUUGGCGGCGCCCUGCAGCCGAACCGUCUGCUCCGGGCGCUGAGCGGCGGUCUGCGGCGCCGCUGCGAGUACGUGAAGAUCGGCGCGGCGGACGAGCGGUCGGAGCGGCUCCCCACCGAGUGGUGGAAGACCGCCGUGGCGUUCCUCUACGCCUGCUUCAACCUGGUGUUCACCACCGUGGUCAUCACCGUGGUGCACGAGCGCGUGCCCGACCGCUCCGUCAGCCCGCCGCUGCCGGACAAGUUCUUCGACUACGUAGAACGUGUUCCCUGGGCCUUCACCAUCACCGAGGUCAACGGACUCAUCCUGGUGGGGCUGUGGACGGUGCAGUGGCUGCUGCUCAAACACCGCUCCAUCAUCGGCCGCCGCUGCUUCUUCCUCAUCGGGACGCUCUACAUGUACCGCUGUGUCACCAUGUACAUCACCACCCUGCCGGUACCGGGGAAACACAUGGUGUGCGCUCCCAAGCUAUACAACGACUCAUCGGGGAAAAUAUGGAGGAUUCUCCGUCUGAUUUCUGGAGGAGGUCUGUCUCUUACCGGCUCUCACCUGAUGUGUGGAGACUUCCUGUACAGCGGACACACUGUCAUGUGUACACUGUCCUACCUCUUCAUCAAAGAGUACUCGCCCCGCUGGAUGUGGUGGUACCACUGGUUCUGCUGGCUGCUCAGCGCCUCUGGAGUCAUCUGCAUCCUGAUCGGACACGAACAUUACAGCAUCGAUGUCGUCGUGGGAUACUUCGUCACCACCAGGCUGUUCUGGUGGUACCACACCAUGGCCAACACACCAGCGCUGCGUCAGGCUCCUAACAACUACCUGUCCAGGACCUGGUGGAACCCGGUGUUCAACUUCCUGGAGAGGAACGUCCGGACUACAGUUCCCAUCACGUUCUCAUGGCCGCUCCCGCUGCCGUCGUCCUGCAGACAGCGGUACCGCAUUGUGGAGGGGCCGCGGGACGAGUGAGGGGCCGCGGGACGAGUGAGGGGCGGGGCCCCCGGCAGCCCCCCCGGCGGGCCUAGCAGACCCUCCAUUCCAUCUCUGGGGUUCUAUCGUCCGGUUCUUUAGCGGAACCUGCAUUUCCAGUUUACUCCUGCGUUCCAAGGAGGAACCCGACACGUUUACAUUAUGUUUGAUUAGCAAGAUGCUAACAGUGGAACAUGUUUUCAACUUCUUUGAAUAAGCUCCACAGUUAGCCUGUCAGCUUGACCGCGUCUUUGUAACAUCCACUGCUGCUAGCUCCAUGCUACGUUUUCAUUUGUCACCUUUUCCCCACCGUUCUGAAAGGUAAAGAAAACACCUGCUAACAAACACAGCUGCCAUGUCAUGCUGGGAAUUAUUCCUGAGCUAGCAAGAGAUAAUUUACCGAAAGCUAAACUGUUGGCUACCUCACAAUCUCAUGUGCUAGCUCAGGAUACAUCGCCUUAACUUUAGAAUUCAGUGGAAUUAGCCACAUGUUAGCAUAUUUGUGUGACUUCAUAAGUGAUUAAAAUCAGGGACAUAACCUGAAGCUAAACUGGCUAAGUUUAGCUACAGUCCCAGUAAAUGCCGAAGCAGACUGGGGACAGUUAGCUCCAGUUAGCUAAUUUGUUGUCACUCUUUACUUUUAGGCUGAAAAUAAGCCACAAAAGUUCAACUAAAAGUAAGCUGCUAACGAUGCUAUAUUCCCAGUUGAAAUGAGCUUGAAAUGCCAAACCGUUUUGUUAGCUUUCACAAAUAUCUGUGAUCACACUGGUACUGCCGGCUUUGUUUGUUUAGACUUGGACACACCCCUUUCACCAAAGACACACCCACUGAAGGUCAGAGGUCUUUAGGAUGAUGACGUGCUGUCAUGAUGGCAUGAUGGUAGUUGCUGAUGCCAAAGAGUUUUGAUGAGUCAUGCUAACAUUUAGCCAUCAUGCUAAAUGGACAGAUGUCAUUUCAAAUGAACUGUGAUCUGGAUUCUCAAUGCUAGCCCGCUAAGCUAAAUGUUCUCUUUUAAAACCUCUUGUUGUUCGUAGCUUUCCAUGCCGGGUUCUUGUUCGUUCUUCUUUCAAACUUUGACACAUUUAAGUAUUAAACACUCAGUGAUUGGUGUU